UCUAUAAUGCAGAGAUGCGGUCUUGCUGGGAAGCGUGACCUCACCAUGAAUUUUCUACUGAUGAUCCACUACAUACAGCUGGUGUGCAAGUGCACUGUUUUGAAGCGUCGAGACGACAUCAACAGCAACGCAGAAAUCUGGCGAAGACAUGUGGAGGGUAUGCAAGAUGCGCCAAGCCAGCGUACCUUUCGGCAUUGGGUCAAGUCAGGCAGUAAAUUUGCAGCUGUCGCCGCGGGCGGAUCCGUGUAUAUAUUGAUAAUCAUUGCCUGUGCUCAGUUGCGGCUCGACCUUGAAAAAUCUGUCGAUGAUUUCGCGUGGCAAUUGGCAAAUGUGCUGCGAUGCCCAGAUGUCUCUACAACGUGCGGUCAACUGAUCACAGAACGUAUCAUUCCGACCAUCGCCCGUAUCCGUCACCUUGUAUCUCUCCGUUUCGACACCUUGUUCUCGAGGAGCCUUCUCGAGGAUAUCAACGUCGAUUCGGACUACAUACUUUGCUCCGAUCUCGGCCAAUCUGAUCGCGUCUUCGGAGCGCUGAGUAUGAACACGUUUGAAGCUGUCGAGAGGAACGCUGAGGCUUGGCUGCCAUGCCUGCAGCCCGUAGACCAUCAGACUGAAUUCCACCUGACGCGGGCCAGUCAGCAACUACUGUGCACCGCAAACGACGAUCACUCCGAUCCCCUGUCUCCCUGCACUGCGUUGGACGACGACGACGAAUGUUACACAACAGGUGUCGUGAACAUUGAAGGCGAGACAGCCGGCAAACCUGCAUUAUCCACGGGAAUCUCAGUGACCACCACCUUUGACCUGCAACUCGACGAGCACCGAAAAAUUCCUGUUCCUGCCUCUGAGGCGUAUUCGUGGACGGAGUCCCGGCGAUCUGAAGCCUGUACGGCUCGCGAACCCGACAGCAUUGAGGAACUUGAAGAACAGUUGUCUGAACAAUUUAGAAACGGUCGACGCGUGUGCAGCACGCGGUAUGUCAGGGUACGCCCGCAUAUUCUAAAAGAACCGCUUCAAAUCAAGGACGUCAAUGGGGAGCUAAUUGCCUGCGUGUUUUCAAACAUGCCAGACAGUCUUCGCGCAACACUCAAGGCCAACCUGCUUGCGUGUCUCGAUCAGCAGAGACUCAGUCUUGAGGACAUGAGCUCAGAUGCGACGGGCGAAGAAUAUUGCUUCCCCGCAUUGCAUUUCUCAUGGUAUAACAGACACGGCAUGAGAGGUCAUGAAGCCCCACCUGACGUGCAUCCCUACGUCGUCGGGAAGGCUGAUAACACUCGAAUGAACUACGGUCAGCUGCUCCCUUACACCUCAAGUGAUAUGCGCAAAUAUCAAGAUAUCUACGCGAACGUACAAACAAUAUUCGCAGAAGUUUUCGAGUACAUGGGUCAGCAGAUCCAAAAGGUCUUACCAGAGAGCUAUGCAGGCCUUCAAAUGGACGCCGAAGUGCUGCCGGGAAAUGCAUGUUCGGCCGUGCAUCCCUUCUUGUCACUCGUCAUCAAUUUGAACGUAGCGACUCUUGCUCAC